AUGGGGAAAGGCGAUCAUCGGAUCUUGGCGAAACAGGAGCGUACACUGCGCCAAUCCCUGGAAAACUUCCAGCUCUUUGUCACCAACUAUAGAGAGCAGCAAGAUCGAAGUUCACUGGCUAUGCGAUUGGCAAAACUGGACGAAGUAUACGACAAGUUUUUGGAUGUUCGUCUACAGAUCGAGGUAAUUACCGAGGACCUAGAGGAAGCUGAUUUGGUGGAACCGGUCGAGUCCGAAGUGGAACGCAAGGCUCUUCGUGCAUCUUUAACCCAGCAGCGAGACAAAGAAAAUGCGAAAGUGAUUCGUGAGUUCGAAAAUGACUACUACGCUAUAAAACAAGCUCUCUGUGCAUUAUUAACACCAGCAGAAUCAAGUAGCCCACCCGGACAGUCUAAACUUCGAGCUACGACUAGCUCAGAGGUACAGAUGAGAGUCAAACUUCCAGAACUCAAAUUACCUUCGUUUAACGGAAAAUUGCGUGAAUGGAUUACCUUCAGAGAUUCAUUUGUCAGCAUGAUCCACGAUAACGCAAAUUUAGCUUCAAUCGAUAAGUUCACGUACUUACGGGCAUCCCUAACUGGUGAUGCACUCCGGGACAUUGCAUCAAUUGAACUGACAGCGGCAAACUACCCUAUCGCCUGGAAGACGUUGCAAGACAGUUAUGAAAAUAAGAAGUUGAUUGCUAAAUCAUACAUUGAUGCAUUGUUCGCGGUAAAGCCUAUGGAAAAGGAAUCAUAUGAUCAGCUAAAUCGUGUGGUGGGAGAGUUUGAAACCAAUUUGAUGAUGCUGGAGAAACUCGGCGAAAAUUCGGAUGGAAUGAGUACCAUUUUGCAGCACAUGGUUUGUCAACGUCUGGAUCCAAACACAUUGCGAAAUUGGGAAAACCACUACAACUCAACGGAUAUUCCGAAGUAUAAGGAUCUCAUCCGUUACUUGAAGGAACCAUGCAUGGUGCUUCGCAGCAUCGGUUCAGCAAGGCCAAGUCCAGGAGAAUACAAAAAGGUAGUUCGUUCAUCGGCCCUAAGUCACUCAGGAGUUCAUCAAGUCGUAUCAUGUCCAUUUUGUGGAGAUCAGCCUCAUUCUGCCUUCAAAUGCAACAGAUUUUUCAAGAUGAAGGUCUCAGAACGAGCAGAUGAAGCAAAACGGAAAUCACUUUGCUUAAACUGCUUAUCUUCUGGCCACAUAGCCAAGUUUUGCACGAAAGGUUCUUGCCACACCUGUGGAAGAAAUCAUCACACCUUACUGCACUCGAUACCCCCUUCAGUGUCACAGUCCAAAUCCGCGCAGCCAUGUGGUGCGCAAACAGCGAAGAAGAAUCAGCCUACGCCAACAACCAACUCGCCACCACCACAGAAUUCCUCUAAAAGCCCAGCGAACAACAACUCGACCGCUCCUCAGCAAACGCAAAACUCGAAUGAGGCUAAUAAGAGCCAAAAUCGAGCGACAAGCGCAAGUUCUAGCCAACUCAGUACCACUGACCACGCUUCUACUAGCUACAACACAGUCCUCUCUUCUACCACACAAACACUUCCAAACACAGUUCUAUUGUCCACGGCUCUCAUAAACAUCAGUGACGGUUAUGGAAACACCACUGUUGCACGUGCCUUGUUAGAUUCAGGGUCACAGCUAUGCUUCAUUUCUGAAAAGUUCGCUCAGAAAAUGAAAUUCCAGCGCCGCCGAGAAUGCCUACCUAUAAAGGGCAUUGGCCAAGCUGGCACAUGUUCCACGCAAUCCAUCACUGCUUGGAUUCGUUCUCGUGUAUCCCAUUACACCGUUUUGAUGCAGUUCUUUGUGCUACCUAAGGUGACUGCAGAGUUGCCAGUAAAGAGGAUCGACUAUAGCAGAUGGUGUUUCCCCGAGGGAUUACCCCUCGCUGACCCAGAAUUCUACGACCCCAGCGCGGUCGAUAUCAUAAUUGGAGCGGAGAUUUUCUUCGACCUUAUAAUCGAUGGACAACACAAACUAGCAGAGGGAGGACCAGUUUUGCAAAAUACACAGCUCGGCUGGGUCGUGUCGGGCAAGGUUUCUGAAGAUCCUGGACCCACAUCAUCACUGACAGCUCUUGCUUGCCCGGAGGAGAAAUUAGACGAUCUUUUAACGCAGUUUUGGGAGUUAGAGUCGUGUCGAACAACUAGCACACAGUCGUUAGAGGAAUCUCAAUGCGAAAGGAUAUACAACGAAACAACGAAAAGGGACUCAUCAGGAAGAUUCGUCGUAACUCUUCCGAAGAAACCGGCCUUGAUUGAGCGUCUUGGAGAGUCCCGCUCAAUAGCUCUUCGGCGCUUCAUUUCACUGGAACGGCGACUGGACAGCAACCCUGCCUUGAAGACAGCCUACAGUGAAUUCAUCCACGAAUACCUGGAAAUGGGACAUAUGCGAGAGGUCCCCGUAGAUCCGAACAAGGUGGAGCAUGCGCCGUUUCCAUAUUAUUUACCUCACCAUGCUGUAUUGCGGCCCGAAAGCACUACUACUAAGCUUCGCGUAGUAUUCGACGGAUCGUGUGCUACAACAUCUGGCAUAUCGUUAAAUGACACCCUCCUGGUUGGACCAGUGGUCCAAGAAGAUCUGCUUUCUAUCGUUCUUCGUUUUCGUCUUCACAAGUUUGCCAUCGUAGCUGAUAUCGCUAAGAUGUACAGGAUGGUCAAUAUCGCAGCCGAAGAUCAGAGUUUGCAAAGAAUUCUAUGGAGGGAUUCUUCUUCCGAACCAAUUCGAACGUUUGAACUCACAACCGUUACCUAUGGAACUUCAUCAGCUCCAUAUUUAGCGACCAAGUGCCUCCAACGGUUAGCAGACGAAGGAGCCCAGGAAUAUCCUCUUGCAGCCAUGAUCCUCUCCAAGGAUUUUUAUGUGGACGAUAUGCUAUCUGGAGCAAAAAGCGUAGAAGAAGGCAUCAAGAUGUACCACGAGUUAUCGCAGCUACUGGAAACCUCAAAGUUCACGCUCAGGAAAUGGAGUUCAAACAGCCAGGAGAUACUAGCAGAUUCACCGAAAGCAGCCAUCAAAACCUUAGGACUAUCAUGGGAACCUCGUUCGGACGAGUUUCGAUUCUCUGUACCUCAGUGGAGCGAAUCCACAGAGAUCAACAAGCGUAUUAUCUUGUCCGAUUUUGCUCGUCUAUUUGACCCUCUCGGAUUGGUAGGACCGGUAGUCGUCCAAGCUAAGAUAUUUCUCCAGGAUCUCUGGAAGCAGAAAUGUUCCUGGCACGAAGCCCUUAGCGAAGAUCUCCAGCAAUGGUGGUUAGACUUCCGACAGAGUCUAGCUGAACUCUCCAGUCUCAAGGUUCCUCGGUGGCUGGCCUUUGGCAGCGAUACCGUCUCGGCAGAAAUACAUGGGUUUUGCGACGCGUCUGAGAAGGCCUACGGAGCGUGCGUCUAUCUACGUAGCACGUCAUUCGAUGGCCAUGUUUCGAUAAGCCUCAUGAUUGCAAAAUCAAGAGUUGCACCACUCGAUGAUGUUACACGAAGAAAGAAAAAGAUGAGCAUUCCCCGCUUGGAACUUUCAUCAGCAGUCGUUCUCAGCCAUGUGUAUGAAAAGGUAGUCAACAGUUUGCGCAUCAAAGCACAGCCAUUCUUUUGGACCGACUCCACUAUUGUAAAAUGUUGGCUAUCCUCAUCUCCCUCCCGUUGGCAAAUGUUCGUGGCCAAUAGGGUGUCGGAAAUUCAACACCUAACAAGAGCGGGGCAAUGGAAUCAUAUCGCUGGUUCAGAAAAUCCAGCUGAUGUGAUAUCUCGAGGAAUGACACCAGGAAGAUUAGCAGAACAUCCUACUUGGUGGUCCGGGCCCGAGUGGCUUAGAAAACCUCGGAACUUCUGGCCAAAGGAGGUAUCGACCAACGCAAUGAAGUUCGAUCAAGCGCUAUUGGAAGAAAAACCAGUCGUAGCCGCUCCUGUCCAGCAUCAACCGUUCAACGACUUCUUCAAGUUACGUUCAACCUUCUCGGCGUUAAUUCGAAGCAGCAGCCGGUCGCAAACACAAGCCCGGCUAGAAUGUGGGAAAACCCUCUGGAACAAACGCUCUAUGGCAGUGUCCGGCGACUACGACGACGACGACAGCCAACACUGA